UACUAGAUCAGCCACACAUAGCAUAGGUACCUUCCAGGUUUUUUUAAAUUUUUAUUACGACACAUGCUCAGAGACUUAUACGCCACGAGCCGCAUGAUUGCGUGUCGAAUGCCAUGCGAUAAUCUACCUGGAAAACAAACCUGCGACAUCAAUUUAACAAAAACACUGCAUUUUGAUACAGUACAAAAUUGGAUAAAUGAUUAGGAGUGUAAUUGUUAUUUAUCCUAUUUAAACUAUAUAUACGUGCUAGACUACAUAAAAUGUUGAUGCUACAGGAACACCUUUUCAGUAGGCUAAAUAACUUAGUAAUUGGCAAACAAACAGGUGACCACGCAGCAGGACUAUAGACUAGUGCACUAAGAAUAUGACAACUAGAAACAUCCAGUUAGCUGGCUAGCUAAUUGUGUAGUGGCCAACGAUGACACAGAUGUUUGCGUUUCUACAUUGCUAAUAAAAAAUUGCAUUAAUUUGUAAAAACCAACAAGGGCAUUGAUGAUACCACACAUGUAAGCUGCCUCUAUAACCGGGCUUGUAGAAAGAAGAAAAGAAUGUCGCUCUCAAGCCUGGACACUCCCUUGAUUAACGUUCACCGUUCAAAGCUGACGCCAUGACGGCCGAGGAGACCAUCAACAUCAAGGAGGUGGAGAUCAUCAAGGUGAUCCUGGACUUCCUCAACUCCAGAAAGCUCCACAUCAGCAUGCUUGCCCUGGAGAAGGAGAGUGGGGUGAUCAAUGGCCUGUACUCGGAUGACAUGCUCUUUCUGAGGCAGUUGGUGCUGGAUGGCCAAUGGGAUGAGGUGCUGCAGUUCAUUCAGCCACUGGAGUGUAUGGAAAAGUUUGACACGAGGCGGUUCCGCUAUAUUGUCUUGAAACAGAAGUUCCUGGAGGCUCUGUGCGUCAACAAUGCCAUGUCUGCUGAGGAUGAGCCACAGCAUCUGGAGCUGACCAUGCAGGAGGCGGUGAAAUGCCUGCACACGCUGGAGGAGUUCUGCCCGUCCAAGGACGACUACAGCAAGCUGUGCCUGCUCCUGACGCUGCCCCGCCUCACCAACCACGCCGAGUUCAAGGACUGGAACCCGAGCACGGCGCGCGUGCACUGCUUCGAGGAGGCCUGCGGCAUGGUGGCCGAGUUCAUCCCGGCCGACCGCAAGCUGAGCGAGGCCGGCUUCAAGGCCAGCGGCAACCGGCUCUUCCAGCUGCUCAUCAAGGGCGUGCUGUACGAGUGCUGCGUGGAGUUCUGCCAGAGCCGCGCCACGGGCGAGGAGAUCACCGAGAGCGAGGUGCUGCUGGGCAUCGACAUGCUCUGCGGCAACGGCUGCGACGACCUGGACCUCAGCCUGCUGUCCUGGCUGCAGAACAUGGCGCCCGGCCUCUUCUCCUGCGCCUUCGAGCAGAAGCUGCUCAACAUCCACGUGGACCGGCUGGUGAAGCCGGCCAAGGCGGCGCACGCCGACCUGCUCACGCCGCUCAUCAGCAAGCUGUCGCCGUACCCGUCCUCGCCGCUGCGCCGGCCCCAGUCCGCCGACGCCUACAUGUCGCGCUCGCUCAACCCCGCCCUGGACGGCCUCUCCUACGGCCUCUCCGGCCAGGACAAGCGGGCGGCGGACGGGGUGGGCCGGACGUCGCCCAUGUCGCACUCCUUCGCCAACUUCCAGUACCCCGGCGCGCCCAACCUGUCCCGCAGCCUGAUGCUGGAGAGCAGCGGCUGCCACAGCAUCUUUGAGGAGUCGCCAGAGAGUUCCAGGACCGAGACGCCGGUGGACCGAAUGCUGGCCUCAGAGCGGCCCACCUCAGGCCCCGGCAGCGAUGCUGUCUCUCCAGGCUCCGCGGAGAAGAACGAGUUGCGGGACUCGGCAGAGCAGUUCCAGGAGUAUUACCGCCAGCGAAUGCGCGUCCAGCAGCAUCUGGAGCAGAAGGAACAGCAGAGACAGCUCUACCAGCAGAUGCUCCUGGAGGGAGGAGUCAACCAGCCUGUGGAGUCGGACGUCCAGCAGAACCUGACUGAGAAGUUCCUCAACAGGUCCAUUCAGAAGCUGGAGGAGCUGAAUGUGGGAAUGGAUAGCCUGGGGGAGGAGGUACUUUCCCUGAGCCAGCAGUGCAAUGGGACGGCGGAAGGCACGGGAACGGCCCCCGGGACCAACAUCACCCUCGCACCUGAGCCCGGCAAGCCGCCAGACGCCACCGACGUGCUCAGCAGCACCCCCCAGAGGGGCGAGGCACAAGGGCUGCCCGCGCUGGAGGAGUCUCUGAUCCAAACCCCUAAGAGCGUGCAGAAGCCCAGAGCGGGCCAACCCUCCGGCGCGGAAGACUCUGGGUACUCUCCAACACGAUGCAAGGGCCCGGAGGGUGAAAAAUCCAAGGCUAACUUUGUGGCGGUGAAUACUCUGGAGGACACCCAAGCUGUGCGCGCUGUGGCCUUCCACCCCACGGGGGCGCUGUAUGCCGUGGGCUCCAACUCCAAAACGCUGCGGGUUUGCGCCUACCCCGAUGUCCUCGACACAAGCGGUUCGGGCGCCUCCAAGCAGCCAGUAGUGCGCUUCAAGAGGAACAAGCACCACAAGGGCUCCAUCUACUGCGUGGCCUGGAGCCCCUGCGGCCAGCUGCUGGCCACUGGCUCCAAUGACAAAUUUGUCAAGGUGCUGCCAUUCAACGCUGAGUCCUGCAACGCUACAGGCCCGGACCUGGAGUUCAGCAUGCACGACGGCACCAUCCGGGACCUGGCCUUCAUGGAGGGCCCAGAGUGCGGGGGCUCCAUCCUGAUCAGCGCCGGCGCGGGGGACUGCAACAUCUACACCACCGACUGCCAGAGGGGCCAGGGCCUGCACGCGCUCAGUGGGCACACUGGACACAUCUUGUCCCUGUUUACCUGGGGUGGCUGGAUGAUCGCGUCGGGCUCCCAGGACAAGACGGUGCGCUUCUGGGACUUACGCGUUCCCAGCUGUGUGAGGGUGGUGGGGACAGCCUUCCAUGGGUCAGGUAGCCCGGUGGCGUCGGUAGCGGUGGACCCCAGCGGCCGGCUGCUGGCUACAGGGCAGGAGGACUGCGGCUGCAUGCUCUAUGACAUCAGAGGGGGCCGGAUGGUCCAGACGUACCGCCCCCACACCAGCGACGUGCGCUCGGUCCGCUUCUCCCCCGGCGCUCACUACCUGCUCACCGGCUCCUACGACACGAAGGUCAUGAUCACUGACCUGCAAGGGGACCUGACGAAGCAGCUGCCCCUGACGGUGGUGGGGGAGCACGGCGACAAGGUGAUCCAGUGCAGGUGGCACACGCAGGACCUCUCCUUCCUGUCCUCCUCCGCCGACAGGACCGUCAUUCUCUGGACCCACUGCCCGUAGGAAGAGCUGGAGAUAAAAGCACAAAGGCCCGUUUCCGAACACCCUCCUCCCCCUCCCUUCCGAGACUCUGCUCCUCGUCUGCCAGGACGAACCAGAAGGCCUCGUUCGUUACAGAAAACACGCCCCAUUUCCUCUGUAGGGCUGGAACCAGGCUGGCUUGGUUAGGUCACACUCCGGGCGGUUUCCUGUUAUCUUUUGUUUUAAGAUUUUUUUUGUCUCAACUAGGGUUGGGUGUCAUUUGUAUGUUAUCGAUUCCGAUUCCGAUUCUGAUUCCGAUUCCGCUUAUUGAAUCCUGGUUCUGAUUUUUGUGGAAGAAACCAAAAUGUUUCAAAAACUACCUUUAUUCUUUCCAGAUUUCAUCCGCUACAAAACAUAAACUCAAUCAAUCAUGACAUGAUAAGCUGUUGGUAAAGAAGACAACCAAUAAUAAUACCUAAAUUUAAAAUAAAGAAUAAAAGUUUCCCUAUCAGGAGCUCCAGGGGAUGAACUGUAGGAGGCAUGACACUGCUCUGUGAACUCUAAGUAUUUAAGAGAAGCUUAAAUAUCGUGCCCUAUUUGCCAUAUAAAAGUUGGAGUUGGAUGUAUGUUGUGUAUUACUUGAGUGCAAGGCGCUGCUAGCGCUAACGGAAUUUGGGAUGUUGUGACUGGGACUGGGGACGUCGAAAACAU